AUGAUAGCAUGGUUCGUCGGCAAACUCAAAGCAUGGACAGAUGACUACCCCUGGACAAAAGACGAGCUUAUCCAUUGGGCAUUCAUCCAUUACCAGGGCAGUCCAACUGCUGCUAUGCAGAUCUAUAAAGAAGCCGAAGCUGUUCUGAAUAACAAUCCGGAUAGCAUGUUGGGCAAGUAUAUCUCACAGCCAGUGGGAGGAUUUGUGUUUCCAAAAGAGCUUUGGAUUAGUCCUCGUGAAUGGAUGGAAGAGACUUGUAAUAUUCAGUUUUGGGGGCAACAUGAGAAGGGUGGUCAUUUCAUUGCUUGGGAACGACCUGAGGUGUUGGCUGACGAUGUAGCAGAGUUCUACUGCUAG